AUGGAGAUCAAUCCAGAUCUACCGCCGGUAGAGGAUGAAGAGAUGGGCGUCAUGGGCCUUACACAAGUCGACCCUUCGCCGGUCGAAGACACACCGAUGGAGUUCAGAGAAAAAGACUAUUUCCCCGAACAGGAACGACCUGAGAAGGAAACAGAGGAGAUGAGAGGAAUUCGAAGGAUGAACACAUUGGGAUUGCGGUUGGGUGAUCAUGGAACAGCUUGGUGGCUUCUCCGCAUACAAAAGUAUUCUUCCUACACCUUCACAGCCUUCGCCGCCCUCCACAUAACAAACGUCUCCAUAAUACCGCUUGCCACGCGCUCUGUCCUCGAAUCGAAUCGCUACCUUUUGCUCACACGACCAUACUACCAAUCUGCCCUCACCGAACCCCUCCUCGUUGGUCUUCCCCUCGUUGCACAUGUCACGUCUGGAAUCGCACUACGGCUAUGGAGAAGGAGACAGGCUCUUAAGAAAUACGGUGCAGAGACACGAACCGACAAGCGCACAAUUCCAUGGCCACAACUGAGUGGGACGAGUGCGUUGGGCUACGCUUUGGUACCUUUUGCUAGCUUUCAUGUCUGGACUACUCGUAUCCUGCCGCUAUACGCACACGGAGAUUCGUCCUUGAUCAACCUCCAAUACAUUUCUCACGGCUUCGCACUACACCCAGCCGUUUCGUUUACUGGUUUCACAGCACUCGUAGGAAUUGGCGUAUGGCAUUUCGUCUGGGGUGCGGCCAAAUGGUUGGGCUGGGCACCAAGCCAAGUUAAGAUGACAGAAGAGGACCGGGCGUUAGUCAGGAAGAGGAGAUGGUAUACCAUCAACGGGAUUAGUGCGGCUCUCACGGCAUUGUGGCUAGCGGGCGGCUUGGGUGUUGUUGGAAGAGACGGCAAGAUGGUGGGCUGGGUAGGCAAGGAAUACGACGAACUAUACAAGUAUCUUCCAAUUGUUGGAAAAUGGGUGGGACAAUAG